UAAAAUAACGCGUGGUGUCUGUGUGAUGUUUAUACGCAGAAAUUCCUCUGAAUCUGUUUUUUUUUAAGAACGUAAAAUAUUCCAUUAUACAGUGUUUUUUAAAUAAGAGGAAUGAGCCUUAACAUCGUUCAUGAUGUCUCGUGUCGUUUCCAGUUGUCAUUUUUCGCCAUGUGUCGUUUACCGACGUUUCCAUGGAAGUCUUUAGAAACGGAACUCCAAAACUCACCUUCAGAAGUCAUUCUGGACAUUUUGAAAAAGACUUGUCUUCAUUCUGUAUGUCGUAAAAACCCACCGUCGGUGAAAUACAGGAGGCUCUUCCUGUCAGAACUCAUCAAAAGGCACGAGUCGACUGGGUCCGACCCUUUGGAUGAGUUGUAUGAGGCGCUCGCCGAAGUCAUGGGCGCUGAAGAGGAGACGAUGUGUUAUAAAACAUACUUUCUGCCUUCAGGAAAGCCGGUGAGUUUGGAAGAGAACGUAGCGAUGAUCUCAGAAGGCACCACUGGGCUCGUCACGUGGGAGGCUGCUCUCUACUUGGCCGAGUGGGCGCUGGAAAACACGCAUGUCUUCACUGGAAGGACGGUGCUGGAGCUGGGCAGUGGAACGGGACUCACGGGUGUCGCGGUGUGUCAUGCCUGCAAGCCCAAAAAAUACAUUUUCACCGACUGCCAUCGAAGUGUGCUCCAGAGACUUCAGAAUAACAUCCAGCACAACGGUUUAAACGACGAGGACACCGGCGUGGCGGUGUGUGUGGAGGAACUGGACUGGGAACAUGCGCGAGACGAGGACCUGCGGAGGAUUGGGGCGGAGACGGUCAUCGCAGCAGACGUUGUGUACGAUCCAGAAGUCGUCGGCUGUCUGGUGAGAAUACUCAAGAAGCUUUUAAAGACUCAGAAGAACCCUCCGGAGGUUUACAUGUCCUCGACGAUACGCAACCCAGGAACCUACACCUGCUUCAAGAAUGAACUGGAAAAGGCUGGAUUAAAUCACGUCAUCGUUCCGAAUCCCGUCACGCAAGUCUUCCCAUAUGACAGAGUCUCUUCGAUAGAAAUCAUCACCGUGCACGCUGUUGCCUGAAUUCAAAAUGUAAUAAAGUGCUUAUU